AUGUGCCGGGACACAGCAGUAUCAAGUUGGUUAUCAAGCAAGGGAACAGCGCAUUGGCAGCUCCAGACAACUUUCUUAUCAUCUGUGGGCUCUGUGGAAAGAGUUUAUAAAUAGAUGCAAUGGAGACCGCACUUCAACGUCAGAAUUCAUUCUCUCUUAUUACAGACAUUGACACUGAUUCCCGAGAAUCUCCGUCUUGUCCAGAGUGCUUUAAGGUGUUUCGAUGCUUCAAAACUUUUUACUGCCACAAAAGGAAGUGCACCAGAAAACCAAUUUUCCCCAAGGAAAUAGAAGAAUAUUCAUGCGAGCAAUGUGGAAAAAUUUGCUCCACCAAAAUUGGUUUAAAACGCCACACCACAUCUGUCCAUCCUGAAAAGUCAGAAGAUCCAAGAGAUGAAGAAAUCAAAGAAUAUGGUGAGAAGGGAGAUGUCCAAGAUUCGUCAUUAUUGGUAUUGAGGUCUGAUGAAGAAGAAAGAAACGUGGACAUUUACGUGUGUUUAGAUUGUGGAAAAGUGUGCUCGGGACAAACAGGCUAUUAUCGCCAUAGGUCAAAAUUUUGCACAUUUUCAGAGGAAUUGUCAAAGACAAGAAGAAAGUUUUGUGAGAGUUGCGAUGAGGUGCUGGAAUCCAAGACAGCAUAUCGGCGUCAUGCUAAAAUCUGUGGAUUAGGGCUGGAAAAUGAGAUUGCGUUAGUCAACAAGUCAAGGAAAUGCCAUUAUUUCAAGUGUGACUUAAACCAAAUAAACAUCAACAGUGCUGGCAAGGAGAUGCGAUUGUUUAGCAUCCCAUAUCACAGCCAACGUGCCUAUCUGGAAAGGAUGAAUAUCGCCAGCCUGGCACCAAACAUUCCGCUUUUUGCCAGCCUGCGGAUAUGCUCAAAUCAUUUCCCCGACUCUGCUUUCGACCAAAGGUACCGCUUCAAAAAGCUGUUGAGAGGAAGCUUGCCUUAUGACUGGAGAGGCGCAUACAGCAAAGAAGAGGUCGAGGAGAUUGAAAAUGGUAUGGUUUACAAGAGUGGACAGGACAUUUUAGAGUUCAUCAAGAAUCUAAGGGCAGAAAACCUGCAACGUGAGCAAAUGGAAAUAUCUGAAGAAGAUGUAGAUGAAAACAUCAAUUCAUGUGAUUUCAAAACUACUCAGCCUGAUUUUCCCAUUGUUGUUGACAUCGAUUCUCCUAUCGCAAACGAUGAUUCAAUUGAUGAUACUUCGUCAGUCCCUCCUAAAGAAAAAAUUUGUCGGAUGUGUGGACAAGUGAAAGAGGGCCUGAUAGGGAUUUUUGAUGCAGCUGGCGUAGACAUGGGAAUUCCCGAAAAAAUCGCCAAAGUGCUGCCCAUUAAAGUGUGCGAAACCGACACCCUGCCUCACCAAGUUUGCAUCCAAUGUGCUGGCGGAAUCGAUUUCAUAUAUCAGAUGUUUGACACAUUUGCAGAGACUGAGAAGCUGCUGACUGAGAUUUACGGCCAAACUGAAGAAACUCCCACAGCCGAGACUCCUCAAGUUGUAUACAUUGAUACUGAAGAUAGAGGGAAAGAAAGUGGCACUGCGCUUGAAGCUACCAAAGGAAAUGCAGUGGUAGAAAAGUCUAUUCUUCUUGAGGAAGAACUCAACAUAAAAGCAUACUCAUUUGCUUUUGAAAACAGCAAAAAUCCGUUAAACGAAGUGGCUUACUCUCCACUUUUUUGCACUCUCUGUAAUUCUGUGUUUGACAACGUUGAUGAAUACGUUGACCACCACAGGAUUUACCACCUAAAGCAUCUCUUGGUCUGUACUCUUUGCCAAACGUUUUACGAAAGCAUUGGAUGCCUUCGAGAACACUGGAAUCGGCUGCACUCUCGAAGCCUUGAAAACAUGGACGUUGAGCUGGGAAAUGGAGAGAUUGUAACGCUGAAGAACCGGAGGGGCAAGUACGAGUGCAAACACUGCCGUAAAACUUUCAAUGAGAGAUAUAUUUACAGGGCUCAUCUGGCAGAUGAACAAAGAAAAAUAAAGGCACAGAAUCCAGCUAUGAUGAAGUGCAACUUUUGUGAUGAGAUUUUUGUUGACACCAUGAGUAAAACUUGGCACAUGAUGCGAACCCACAAAGAAUACACCCCCUACCAGUGUUCCAUGUGUGAACGCAAGUUUCGUCUCAAGCACAGCAAAGACAUUCAUGAGAGAGUGCAUCAAAGGGAGGGCCUUGAAGACAAGCACCUCUGCAACAUUUGCGGAAAAUUGCUGCACUCUAAACUGAUGCUCCGACAGCACAUGCGAGUGCACAUGGAUCCCCUUCCAUGCCAAGUGUGUGGGAAAAUGCUGGUGCCAGACAGGCUGAGAGUUCACAUGAGGAGGCACAAGGACCAACGUCCAUACUUCUGCACCAAGUGCGGCGCCUCGUUCCAGUUUGCUCACAAACUUAAAAUUCACAUGCACAUGCAUGCUGAAAGCAAGUUCAGCUGCGAAAGGUGCACCUUCAAAGCGUCAAAGAAAACUGUGCUCAACAUUCACAUGCGGGAGCUGCAUGGAGUGGAAUUUACCAGCAUCAUCAAGUGCUCCAUCGAAGGCUGCAUUGCGGUGUUUGAGACAAAUCGAGAACUUUACGAGCACUCUUGCAAGGAGCACUCAACAACUGGAUGCAUCCAAAGAAAUAUUCUCCCAGGGACAGACGGAUACCUUUGCAGAUACUGUGAGAUGCAAUUUGAAGCUCCAACUUCUUACUCGAACCACAUUCGCAAAGUGCACGCAGAAGUGACAGAGCCACUGUUCACGUGCAGCGUUUGCAGACACGAGACGACUAGCCUGAUUGACCUAGGUAUUCACUUGGAAACACACCCCGAGUGUCGGCGUUUCCAGUGCCAGCAGUGUCCAUUGAAAUUUUCAACGUCCCGCAGAAGAGGCUCUCAUGAAUUUGGGACGCACUUCAGGAAGAAGAAAAUUUGUCCUGAAUGUGGAAAGGGCGUUGACAACCUCCAGGAUCACAUGAACAUCCACAAAGGCUUGCGACCAUACAAGUGCCCGACCUGCGACUUGGACUUUGCCAGGCUAUACAACUGGAAGUUGCACCUGGCCAUCCAUCUGGACCACCGACCUUACAAAUGCAACUAUUGCGACAUUGCCUUUCGUACCAAAGUGGAGCGGAAAAGGCACAUUAAGCUCCACACGGCCGAUGAAAUAUUUGAAUGUGACUCGUGCAGCUACGCUUGCACCUCUAAGCCAACAUUCAGAAAGCACACCCAAAAGCACCAUUUUCAGGGACUGCCAGCUGUCAACAAGAAGGGAGAAGCACAGGUUGCAGUGGAUCAGUUGCUUGAGGAACAAGCCAUUGAAGAGCAAGUUCUGCAACAUCAAAUUAUCAAUGACGUUUCUGAUCAAGUUAAUUAUUAUGUAGUUCAUAUGGAUCCUAAUUGAUUGAAAUUUCAAAAAUAAAGAGUCCCACUGUAUUAUAGAAAA